UAGAACUUCCCGUCCAAAUAUUCUUACAAUUCCAAACAUCCACAGCUUUUCCCUCCUCUCUGCUUUUUGCCUUUUAAAUCAUUCAAUUCCUUAUUCACAAAGCUUCCCUUCACGCUCCUCCAGAAAAAAACAAUUCAUUCCUGCACCAAUUUCUCCAGCGUUGUACUGAAUUACUGAUACCCCAAAGCUUGUUUCCCAUUUUUCUCUCUCUGUGGCUCCAGGCAUUGACGGGUGUGGCUCAGCAGCUUUGUUUUUCCCGAUGAUCAUCUGGGAAGCGAUAUGUUUGAAUGUGGGGGGAAAUAGGUUUUAGUGGUGGAAAUGGUGGUUUCUUGUUUCGCAUUUUGGAGGGAAGCUUGCUGAUACUGGCUUUUCCAUCUGUUUCGUUUGUGAACAAAUUGGUAGAGAAGAGAAAGAAUUUGUUACUAAUGGAAACUGGAGGAGCCUCGAUGAAGCCAACGCUUACGCCUAAGGCUGUCAUUCACCAAAAGUAUGGAACCAAGGCUUGCUACACAAUAGAGGAAGUACACGAGCCGCCUCAAAAUGGGUGCCCCGGAUUGGCCAUUGCUCAGAAGGGGGCUUGUCUUUUUCGCUGCAAUUUGGAGCUUCCAGACAUUUCUGUUGUGUCAGGGACGUUCAGAAGAAAGAGAGAUGCUGAACAAUCUGCCGCAGAGUUAGCUAUAGAAAAGCUGGGCAUCCAUACAAGAACAAAUGAUCUAACUGCAGAGGAAGCAUGGGAUGAAUUACUUGUUCGUGUCAAACACUUAUUUUCCAAUGAGUUCCUUUCAGCUCUUCAUCCACUCAGUGGUCACUUUAGAGAUGCUGUGCUGAGAGAAGGAGACCAUUGUUUAGUACCUAUCUCUGCCAUUUUUGCUUAUGAUGCAAAGAUUUGUAGUUUGUCUAAAUGUAUUGACCCUCGGGUGGAGUCAAAUCCAUACUUGGUUAUCCAAUAUAUCUUGAGGGCAGCUGAAAAAUUGUCUGAUUCUCUUUCUGCUCCUAAAGGACAACUUUCAAUUCAAAGGAAAAAUCCUUACCCUUCCGAUGUUAUAACAUCAUCAGUCAUUGAGCCCUCUCUCUCUUCUGAAAGAUCUUUGAUUGAAGUGAUACGAAUCCCUUGUUUGCUCGACAAGCCUUUAGAAAGUAUAGUCCUUGACCGUUCUCCAACUGGCUAUUACCUGGAUCUUGUUGCCAAGGAACUUGGCUUGUCCGAUGCAGCCAAGGUCUUCAUCUCGAGGCCUGUUGGUAGAGCUUCUUCUGAAACAAGAUUGUACUUUGCAGCUUCUGGAACUUUUUUAUCUGAUCUAUCUUCAGAUCUUUUAGAUUUAAAAGAAGCUCUUCACUUUGGAGAACCACUGAAUGCAAGAGCAACUUAUUUAUGUGGUCAAGAUAUAUAUGGGGAUGCAAUUUUGGCAAACAUUGGGUACACAUGGAAGAAUAAAGAUCUUUUUCAUGAGAACAUUGGCUUGCAAUCAUAUUACAGGAUGCUUAUUAAUAAGACACCAAGUGGAAUUUAUAAGUUGUCCAGAGAAGUAAUACUUGCAGCACAGUUGCCUUCAACAUUCACCACAAAAGCAAAUUGGAGGGGUGCCUUCCCUAGGGAUGUCCUUUGUACAUUCUGUCGUCAGCAUAGAUUAUCGGAACCUAUCAUUUCAGCUGUUAUAGCAUCUUCCAAGACAGCUGCAGUAGGUCAAGAUCACACGUAUGGAGGCGCAAUUGCUGAAGAUGAAGGGCAAUGUGUGGAAUCCAAUGAUACCUUCAGAUGUGAAGCAAGAAUUUAUUCCAACAGCCAGGAACUGAUUUUGGAAUGCUCGCCAAAAGACACGUUCAAGAAGCAGUUUGAUUCGAUCCAGAAUGUUUCUUUGAAAGUUCUUUUGUGGUUGGAUGCAUAUUUCAAGGAUUUACUCAUGCCGUUGGAAAGAUUGACCUCUUAUGCUGAUGCACUUGCCCUUCAAUUUAAUCCUCAAAGGGUUUUUGAAGAACUAGCUUCCUGUAGAUCUGCUCAUUCCAGUUUGAACAGUAGAAUUCUAGGAGAGAUAUCACAUAAAUCAAACGAUGUGAAAUUGCCGUGUAAUUACCCUGAAUAUGGAGACAGUUCUGUAAACAUUCAAGGUUCAGAUUCUGGUACUAGUCCAUCUAAUGGAUCGUUAGUAUGCAUCAGUUAUAAUGUAGCCCUCAUAGCCGAAGGUGCAGAAGUUAAGGAACCUAUUGAGAACAAUGAUGAGUUUGAGUUUGAGAUAGGGACCGGAUGCGUUAUUCCGUGUCUUGAAGCAAAUGUACAGCAGAUGUCUGUUGGUCAGUCUGCUUGUUUUUGUGCAGAAUUGGCCCCUAGAGAGUUUAUUUUGGCUGCAGCUAUCGAAACUGCAAGGAUACUUCACUUGUUAGAUUCAAAUGCGUGCCGUUUGGAGUACUCUUGUAAUUUGUUGCGUGUUACGGAACCUCUGGAAGACAGGAUGGAGCAGGCUCUUUUCAGUCCUCCAUUAUCAAAGCAACGUGUGGAAUUUGCUGUGAAAUAUAUCAAAGAAUCACAUGCUUGUUCUUUGGUUGACUUCGGAUGUGGCUCGGGGAGUCUGUUGGAUUCUUUACUAAAUUACCAGACAUCUUUGGAGAAAGUUGUUGGUGUUGAUAUCUCUCAGAAAAGUCUCAGCCGUGCAGCAAAGAUACUUCAUUCAAAACUGAGUACAGAACCCAACGGUCAAGUACCUCGUACUGCCGUAAAAUCUGCAGUUCUUUAUGAUGGAUCUAUCACAGAUUUUGAUCCACGAUUGUGUGAAUUUGACAUUGGUACUUGCUUAGAGGUAAUCGAGCACAUGGAAGAAGAUCAAGCGUAUCGGUUUGGAAAUUUGGUGCUGAGUUCAUUUCGUCCAAAACUUCUCGUUGUUUCAACUCCGAACUAUGAGUACAACGUGAUACUCCAAGGAUCAAAUCUUUCAAGCCAAGAAGGGGAUCAAGACGACAAAACGCAGUUACAAUCUUGCAGAUUUCGUAAUCACGAUCACAAGUUCGAGUGGACUAGAGAACAAUUCAAUCAGUGGGCUAGCGAUUUAGCCACGAGACACGACUACUCGGUCGAAUUCAGUGGGGUUGGUGGAUCGGGUCACUUGGAGCCUGGUUAUGCUUCCCAAAUUGCCAUCUUUAGAAGAAGAUCCGAAACUCGACGGGAACAUCCCACUGAGAAUACGGCAGAAUCAGCUCAUAAGUACCAAGUCAUAUGGGAGUGGAAUAGCAGCAAAUGAAGAACUACUCUGCAACUGAAAAGAAAUUUUGUAUAGCUUACAAAGUUUUAAUCCCUUGAAGCUUUUUGAAUUUUGAUCAGCUUUCCACAUGAAAGGUAGUCAAACACAUACACUUAGAUUGACAGAAAAAAGUAUAUGACACACCAAGAACAAGACUCAAUCACUGAUAUAUAUCUUUUAGAUCUGUAUAGCUUUUUUCAAGCUCAUUCGAUUGGAUUUUCCCAUUGCAUA